AUGUUUCGAGGGGCGGGAAAACUAAGGUGGCCGGGAGUCGCAUUUUGUGAGGCUGGGACGGCUAGCCCGCCCCGUCAUGCUCGCACACCGCAACACGUAUACAAGGCUUACCCACCUGCGAUACAUGGCUCGCACCAAUCGCGCGCUCGGGAUGCAUGGCGCCGCUCUAGUCACGCUGCAGCCGCCUUCAAACUCUGCGGUUCCCUCCAGGGCGUCUUUGGAAACAUUUCUGUGACAGCGGCUGCUGGCACCCUCAUACCCUGCCUGUAG